AGAUAUUAACUCUACUCUUUGCAGGUGUUGAGUGGUGAUGUGGAAAAUGCCAUCUGCUUGCAUGCUUUCUAUUACGCCAUCUGGAAGCGCUUCGGAGCACUGCCUGAGCGCUACAACUGGCAGUUGCAAACCCCCGACGUGCUCUUCUACCCACUCCGGCCCGAGCUGGUGGAAUCCACCUACCUGCUCUAUCAGGCAACAAAGAACCCCUUUUACCUGCAUGUAGGAAUGGAUAUCCUCCAAAGCCUUGAAAAGAAUACCAAAGUCAAGUGUGGCUAUGCCACUCUGCACCACGUGGUCGACAAAUCCAAAGAGGACCGCAUGGAGAGCUUCUUCCUCAGUGAGACCUGCAAAUACCUUUACCUGCUCUUUGACGAGGACAACCCGCUGCACGACUCCGAGAGCCGCUACAUCUUCACCACUGAGGGCCACGUGGUGCCCAUUGAGCCGCGCUUCCGUGAGCACACCUGGAGCCACCUGCAGUCCUGCGACGGGCCUUGUGAUGAGCCUCAUCACCAUCAUCAUCACCCCGCCAACACCAGCAAUCAGUGUGACCGGAUCCCCGAGGAGAGGCGCUUCGGCCUGCCUCUCAAAAGCGUCUACAUGAGGCAGAUCGACCACAUGGUUGGCCUGUCUUAAAGCCCCACCCAACCCUCAUCUCUGCUGCAGCUGCCUUUGACUCUUCAGGAGGACUCCCCUCUCGUCACAACACUCGUUUUUUUUAUACCUCUUGACUUUUUUUCCCUCACCCUUUUUGUACAAGAAACUAAUAUAUUUUAUAACAAUCUGCAUUUAUCUAAGAAAUUUAUUUUUGUUUUUGUUUUGGUGAUGUUUGGUCUUGAUCUGUACUAUUUCAGGAGAGACAUGCACUAAAAAUCAUGACUGUUUUUUUAAAAAAAAAAUUCUCUUUUACUUGCCUUCUGGUAGAGUUAAAUCUACAACAGGACAUUCUCAACGUGGGACUCGAUAGAUUGUUGGAGUCUUUUUGAGAGAUGAGAUCACACAGGAUCAUUUGAAGUUAGACCAAGGCGAUCAUGUUGUGCAAUGCAAUGCAAUGCAAAGCAAAAAUGUUGCACGGAACUACACAGUGCCACGUGAUGAAACACAGGACUCUGUUCGUCCAAGGGUUGCGUUUUUCAGUGAUAAGGGUUUGUCUUGUAGCCGUCAUGGACAACGUGCCUGAACUCGGACAAAACAUGGAGGAAAAAAACCUCCAUGUGAGGACUUCUGUUUGCCAAAUGUUUGGGGCCUAAUAGUAUUUGGCAUAAGAAUGCCUAACAGUAAUUCCAGCCUUAAUGUUAUUCCAACUGCUUCAGUGUGCUGUUCAAGACUCUUCAGUUGCAUGCAGUAUGUAGCCAACGCCUCAUUCAUCAUCCUAAUUAUAUAGCCAUUUGAGGACAUAUAGCCACUCAUGUGAUGUAUAUUUUAGGGAUUAACUUGAUUUUGAGAUUUUUGAGGUGCAGACAGUGGUUGUUAGGUAUUCCUCUAUCACUCAGGAAGCACAAGGGAAAUAAGUCAUUAAAAAUAGUUUUGAACCCGUUUAACAGUGAUGGCUGGAAGAAGGGCAUCCACACUGAUUGGGAAGCGAAGUCACAGGUAGUACGUAUUGCCCAUGCUACACCACCAUUAAUCUGGGUGGUCACCGUAGUCCUCUGAUUGUGUGGGGUAGGCAUGCAAAUGUUAAGGGUUAUCUUAUGAGCGUUAUACAAAUGGUCUUGCUAUACCAGACCUCAGUUGUCAAUCCAAAUACAGUGCUCACUGUUAAGAGAUUUGUGUCCGGGGAGGCUGUCUUUGAUUCUGUUCUCAACAACAGGAGGGGCGUUCUUGUUGUUGUGGUGUGUAACGUCAGGUCACUGUUUUGUUGCUCUGAGUUUUGCUGGCAGACGGGCCUAGAGGGGUCUUUGGGACAGGCAGCUCGCUCAAAGGAAGGGCCUUGAAAGCCAUGCUAAGUGCAUUCAUUCUAUGCAUUCUAGUAUUGUCUGAUGGUAAAGGGCUGUAUGUCAUAUAGCCAAAACACAGCACAGUGCCUCCAUAGCAGUCAUUACUGCACAACCACCUCAUUGACAUGUGACACAUGACAUAUUUGGUGGUAUCAUUCUGCAUUGACAAGCAUGUAUGAAUUGUAAUUGAAUGUAAUUGUGUGUGUGUGUGUGUGUGUGUGUGAAUGUUUUGUUAUUCUUUCAAUCUGAUGGACCUGACCUAGUAAAUGGUGCCUUUCUCUCCUGUCCUCUCUAGCAUUCUCCUCAGUGUGCUGGACAGUGUGUAGAGUGUGGACUGUAGAGUAGACCGCUGGUAGGCAUACCCACAUGCUGGGACCCUGAACAAGGCGCAGUGACUUGAAAUAAAGCCUUGAAAAGGCAUAAUAACAAAACUGAGCUUUUUUUCUUCCCUCAAAUGAUGACUUCAUGCUAAUUUGCAAUAUCUUUUUGGUCGCACAGCAUAUAGUUACAGUUCUUCCCACUGGCAUUCUGUGAAGUUUUGCCUGUCAGUGAAUCAGUGGUCCAAGAGGUUGUUGUUUUUUUUUUUUUUUUUUAAACAAAUAUCUGUCUUAAAUAAGAAGGCUGCAAAAGAAGCUGUGUUAUUGUCAGAAAUAGUGUCUCUCGGUGUGCGUUGACUAUUGGAACUAUUAAAGAAUAAUCUUUUGAAUAAAAAUGGCUAAAUGAUUGUCAGCCCAACGGUGGGAAAUUUUAAAGGACGUUUGGUGAGGGGUUUAUUUACCUCUUUUUUUUUUACCGAUUUUGUCUUUACCUUAGAUCAUACAGAGUCUACUGGCCCUGCAUAAUUCUCCUCACAUUGCAAAAAACUCGGGUUUGAACCCCUGCUCACGUGCUGUGGAAAAUGCAGGAAGCCUCUUGCCAACUAUUCACACAGCUCCGAAUGACUGGGCUUCCUCUCCAGAUGUCGUAAUAUGAACUCAUGGAUGACUAGUCCCCGUCCCCCCCCCCCCCCUUUUUUUUUUUUUUUGGGCUGUUCCAAUUAGGUGAGAGGUUCAUACUGGUGUAUUUGUGGUCUGGCAGUCCUCAGGUGCAAAGCAGGGGCUGCUGUCAAUAAGCUGUGUCUGAAUAAAAUCCUGCCUUUUUGGCUGUUUGCAAACUGAUUUUGCACAUCAGAGAGAGAGAGAGGAAACUCAGGGAUGUAUUUUUUUUAUAAGUACUUGAGGAUGUCUUUGGAUAAUGAUUUGUUGACCAUGUUGUUUUCUUAUUUUGUCUCAUUUCAACAUUUUAAAUCACAGGCUAAUUGAACAGCAGAGUGUUCAUGUUCCCUUUCACUAAUCUGGUGUGUUUGAGCGUCUUUUACUGUGUAAAACAAAUGUUUCAGGAAUCCUCAUGUGUACCAUCAUUUUAAUAUGCAUGCUUUGGAUAACAGAUGUACAUGCAAGGGCAUAUUUAACAAUAUGUCCAGAAGUAUUGCAAUAAACUAAUCUGAUUUAUAGUUGUGCUAAAGCAUUUGUACUGUGUUGUUGCAGUAGUUAUAGUGUACCAACCUGUGUGUGUGUGUGUAUGUGUGAGGAUUUAGUCAUAUUUUGUCAAGUGGAGAUUAAUGAGUACAAAGCUGACCUAGCUAAAUGAUGAUUUCUCUCCAAUAAAACAAAUUACACAUGGAAAAAGACUGGGGGUGCCUACAGAAGCUUUAUUAGACAACUUUCAGGUACAGAACGUCUGCGUAACGCACUGCUGGUGGUUGACUUCUGCAUCUCAGAAAUGAGACGAGGCGAGUUUGAGCUACAGCGUAACGCGGACUUCAUUCCUCCUCGCCAGACGGUGCCCCAUGGCUUCCAUGAUUCAUUGGUAUGUUUAAAAAAGGUUACAGAAAAAAUAGCAUUAAAAAGCCGCAGCUUGGAUCUCUAUUCAUGGUUGAGGUUUUGUGCCAAGAGCUUGAUUUUUGUUUUUCUGUCCAGCUAAACUACUGUUCCUCUGCAUGACACGGAUGCAGCAUUCUGUAAUGUGUCAAUGGCGGGGAGAUUAUUAUUUUAUUAAACUUUAAUA